GCAGAGCAUCUCUCAUCUUACACCGCGGACAUGGACUUCCUGAGGUCUCUAGGACACCCGGAGGAGAUCUACAACCUGGUCAGGUUCAGGCUGGGCGGCUGUCGGCUCGUGCUGUCCAAGCAGGACCGGGAGUCCAUGAGCGACAGCAUGCAGACCUGCUACAGGUACCUGGACCAGACUGGCAGGAGCUUCGCAACUGUCAUCCAUACCCUGGACACAGAGCUGAGAAAUGCCGUGUGUAUCUACUAUUUGGUGCUUCGAGCUCUGGACACCGUGGAGGACGACAUGACCCUCAGUCUGGAGACCAAAGUCCCCAUGUUACAUAACUUCCACACGUACCUGUACCAGGCGGACUGGAGCUUUCCAGAGAGCAAGUAUAAGGAUCACGUAGUUCUGCAAGACUUCCCCACGAUUUCCCAGGAGUUCAGAAACCUGCCGGUGGGUUACCAGAAGGUGAUUGCAGACAUCUGUCGUGAGAUGGGGAUGGGCAUGGCGGAGUUCUUGGAGAUGGAGGUGGAAUCUCUCCUGGAUUUAGAUAAGUACUGUCAACUUGCGUCUGGAUUACUGGUGAUCAGACUGUCCCGGCUGUUUUCUGCCUCAGGACUGGAAGACGCCAGCAUUGGCGAGGAUAUAAGACUCUCAAACUCUGUUGGGCUCUUCUAUCAGAAAGCAAACAUCAUCCGAGAUUACCUGGAGGACCAGCUGGAUGGAAGAGAGUUCUGGCCCAGAGAGGUGUGGAGCAAAUACGGGAAAAAACUGUCUGACUUUGCCAAACCAGAGAACAUAGUGCCGGCUGUGCAGUGCUUGAAUGAACUGGUGACCAAUGCUCUGCAGCACGUGCCCGAUGUCCUGCUCUACCUGUCCCGGCUGAGGAACCAGAGGGUGUUUCACUUUAAUGCCAUCCUACAGGUCAUGACUAUGGCCACACUGGCCACCUUUUAUAACAACCCGCAGGUGUUUAAGGGAGUGGUGAAGAUCCGUAAAGGACAAACUGCGACGCUGAUGAUGGACACCACCAACAUGCAGGUGGUCAGAGCCGUCAUAUACCAGUAUGCGAAUAAGAUCUAUCAGAAGAUCCCCCUAAGAGACCCCUCCGCUGGACGCACAAAGAAGAUGGUCUCCACAAUUCAGAAGCUGAGUUUGUUCGGUGGCCCCCUGAUGUCCCGCUACAGCUUCUUCCCCACUUACCUGUCACAUGCGGUCCUUUUCGCCGCCCUCAGCUGGCUGUACCUGAGCACAAUCAAAGCACAAAGUUAGUCAGCACAGCUGUAAAAUGGAGUGACUGCUCGGGUGCGGGUACUGCAAACGUACAAGCAAAGACAAUGCAACAGCGCGCUGCAAGCAUAAAGUAUAUCAGCUAACGCUUUAUUCGCAAUACAACAUGAAAAUGAGGUGCAGCGGAGGCCACGCUUAACGGCUCCUUUAUCUCAACAUGGCCAGAAAUGUAGCAUGAAAUGUAGUGCCUAACUAAUUCCAACACAAUGGGGGAGAUUUAUCAAACUAGGGUAAUGAAAAACUGGCUUUGUUGCCCAUAGCAACCAAUCAGAAUCCCCCUUUCAUUUUUCAGAACUAAUUUGGAAAAUGAAAGAUAAAAUCUGAUUAGUUGCCAUGGAUAACAAAGUCCGUUUUCCUUUACACCAGUGUUAAUAAAUGUACCCCAAUAUCUCAAUUUUACAAACGCCACAUGGACCUGCAAUAAACUUUUCAGACUACAGGUGGCGCUGUGUGUUACUUGCUUAUACCUGAACACAGGAUCAUAAGUAGGUUUCAGCGACUCAAUUCCUUCAAACACUUCAUUUCAAUGCUGUGCGGUCUCCAUAAAGCAUUAAAACAUAUUGCCUUCAGGGAGGCAAAAAUCCUCAGACCCGCAGUCGCGCAAGACUUCGGUGAAUGAAUUUGGUAUUAAUUUCUACAUCUUUAAAAACAUUUUAAAUUUUGAAUCUGAAGUCGGGUUUGGUAUUGGCUGGUACCUCGGUACCAAACCUGACUCUGAAUUGCUAAUUUUAACUGUUUUUAACGCCACAUGCCCCCGGACGUUGUGUGGCCGUUCCGUGCAUUGGGGACCGCAAUUGCGGUCCCCAAUGCACGGGCAACAUCCAUGCAGCGGGCUGGACCCAUUCGACCUGUCAUAUUUAUUUGCGGUGCGGAACAACAGAAAGAAACAUGGAAGCACUCCGUAGUCCUUCCGGUGUUCCAUUACGCAUCUCUGGAAUUGCGGACCCAUUCAAGUGAAUGGGUCUGCACGCGGCCGUGGAUUGCUGACCCGUCGUUUGCGGGCCGCAAUAUAGCCACGGCUGCCCAACGGCCGUGUGCACGAGGCCUAAAGAUGUAGAAAUGAAUACCGAAUUCAUUCAUCGAAGUCUCGCACUACUUCGGGUGAAACUAAUUUUGCCUCCACGGAGGCCAUACAUUUUAAUGCUGUACGAAGGCAGGUCUCUGUACAGCAUUAAAACUAAUCGUUUGAACUAAUCGACUUUGGAUCUAUGAUCCGAAGCGUGAUUCACUUAGCGCUAGUCAUAAGGUCUAGAGCUGGUAAUGGAAAAUGUGAAAUUGAUUGUGGCCAAAGUUUUUUUUUUUUCCUCCUUCCCUUUUACAUGGUCUCUAUUUUAAUUCUAUCAUGUGUGAUAUUGUCUGCUGAGCGUCUGUGUCUAAUCAUAUUCUCCUAUUCUAUAAAUGUGGCAGGGCCUCCAGACCCACCCUCGCCAUGCUGUCUUUUCAGGAAAGUGGUGAGGCUGGCAGGGUAAUUGCACAAAAAAAAUGUUUGCACAAGUGCCAAUAAAAAAAGUCACAAGCACACAGUUUAACUUUUUCAAACCACAAAAGUGGCGUAUCUGUAUGAUGAAUG